AUGCGACAUAUAUAUAGACUGCAUGAGAUCCAGGCAUUGUUGGAUAGUAGCAGUAGCAGUGGCAUAGAGAACCACAGUAGGGAAAGAGAAGAAAAGAAAAGGGAAGAAGAAGCGAAGCGAAGGGAGAGAAAAAAAAAAAAAAAAAGCUCACGUGAUCAUUGCCAUAACAGGCUAGCGCGUGCUGCCCGUCCGACUUCACGACGAAAGACGAAAAGCCUCAUUCUCGCGAGGACUCUUCGCCAGCCCAGACUGCCCCGGCAUCCCUCAUCAUACCUGUCAGUUUCGUCUGUCUGUUUCUGCUUGCAUCCUUCUCGAUUCUGA